AUGGGAGCUACAGGAGUACUUCUUUGUGUUGUCAUGCACUUCCUCCAGGUGGUAGCACAGAGUUGGGAAAAAUUCACAGUGACUGGCUUACAGAGGCCAGUCUUGACACCAUUGGGUGGAAAUGUUGAACUGAGUUGUCAGUUGUCUCCACCACAACAAGCACAGCAUAUGGAGAUUCGUUGGUUUCGAAAUCGCUAUACUGAGCCCGUGUACCUGUACAGGAAUGGUAAAGACCUACAUGGGGAAACUAUCUCCAAGUAUGUGGAGCGGACUGAACUCCUGAAAGAUGACAUUGGAAGGGGGAAGGUGACCCUCAGGAUCUUUAAACUGACAGCUGAUGAUGAUGGGUCAUACCACUGUGUCUUCAAAGUUGGAGAGUUCUAUGAAGAGCACAUCACAGAGGUCAAGGUCACAGCCACAAGCUCAGAUAUGCACAUUCUCAUGAAGCCCCCUAAUAGCAAAGGUGUGAUGUUGGAGUGUCAUUCAGGAGGUUGGUUCCCACAGCCUCAUAUGGAAUGGAGAGACAACAAGGGAAAUAUCAUUCCAGCUACAUCAAAAGCCCAUUCACAGGAUGAAAACAAAUUGUUCAACAUGACAAUGACCCUUCUUAUUGAAGCCAGCUCUCACAGGAGUGUCACUUGCUAUUUUCAAAACCGUCUAACUCAUCAAGAAGAAAGCAUAAGUAUUGUCCUAUCAGGUGAACUAUUUUCAUGGAAAAGUGUUUGGAUAAUGAUUCUGACUACAAUAGGAUUCAUGGUGAUACCCUUCUGCAUGACUUACUGUGUUCAGCAACAUCUCAUAUAUGGUAGCUUCUCUGAGGGGAACUAUUGGUUAAAGAGUACAAUGGUACUCACGUUUUCAGUGAUUGCAGUUACAGGAGUCAUGCUCAUUAUGCAUCUACUACGAAGAGUCCCAGUUUCAGAUCAAAAUUUUGAAUUGGACACUUUGUGGCUUGAAGAUAUUAGUGUGAUCCUGUGUGUGAUGAUAGUGUUUAUCAUCAAGCUCAUUUCAUUUAUUUACUUCAGAUUGGAAGGUAAAUAUGAUGGCAAUGGUGGCAACUCAGAAAACUAA